AAGACGCUGCAGUAUUGCAAUAAAGCAAACAGUUUUCUUUGUGAUUCAAACAGCACAGACCUUCUUAACUUAAAACUAAAAACCAAAUUAACUACAAAAUGUUUAAGUUGGUGGUGUUGUCUGCUUUGCUUGCCGUAGCUGCUGCUUAUCCUGGUUACUUGGAACAUGCUCCAGCACAUGUAGUUGUUGCUCCUGCUACAACUAUUGUACAUGAACCCGCCUUGGCCAAAGUAGGUGCUAUUGUUAAGAGCAUACCCACCGCUGUAUCACACCAAAGUCAAUCUAUUGUGCAUAGCUCCGCUCAUGUAGUCCAACCUAUUGUUGCUCCAAUUGUCAAAACUACUUUAGUUCAAUCUGCACCUGUGAUUAAGACAAUUGCCGCUCCAGCUUUAACAACUGCUUAUGCUGGUCCAGCUUUAUCGCUCCAUGGUGGUUGGGGACAUGGCGGUUGGGCUCAUGGUGGUUGGGGUCACAGCGGUCAUGGCUGGUAAAUAGUUCAUCCUAAGGCUUAAGCAUGUUCUUUUCAACAUGAAACUAGUGGUACAGGCAGUUGGGCGGUCAUUUUUCUAUUUUUUAAGUUGUAAAUAAUUUUCAUCCCCACAAAAAAAA